CAAGGAGGAAAGAAAAGUACACACACUUAAAAUAUCACAUGAACACUUAAACUCUCCCCUUAGCUACAUAUCAUGUCAACCAUUUAAUGUUCUAAAAAAAUCACUCAUAUAUAUGUAUAUCCGUCUCUUUCACUUUCAUAUGCAUCACAAAAAUUCAAUACCCCUUUCUCUCUCUCUGUCUCUCAUGAAGACCAUUAAGGCAAAAUUCCUAAAGGUAUGCCUUAACAAGUGGCAAAAGAUGGGGAGUAGAGUCAUACCUUCUGCAGCUGGUUGUGACUGCUGCCGCCAAUGGGCCUUGUGGCCUUCCAAGCAAGAAGACAAGUGUAUUCCAAGCGAUGUUCCGAAGGGUCACUUAGUAGUAUACGUAGGCGAAGAUUACACGAGGUACGUGAUCAAUAUCACCUUACUCAAGCACCCACUCUUCAAGGCACUGUUGGAUCAAGCCCAGGAAGAAUAUGACUUCACUGCAGCCUCAAAACUCUGCAUCCCUUGUGAUGAGAACAUCUUCCUUAGUGUUGUUCGGUGUGCCGCAUCUCCGCAGGAUCGUAGAAUCUCUUUGUGCCUGUGAAGGGUUAUUCAUGGAGAAGUUUUGAUAAAAUUCAUUUUACAAUGUUUUUAUCCUAAAUUAGGUAACAAUAUGUGUAGCCUUGACCUGUUGUAUAAUUGUCUCAUUGCAGUACGUCUAUUAUCAAUGUACUUCAAUCCGAAGAGAAGGAAUGAUAAUUCUACUCAUUUCUUAUCGAUGCUGCUGGCAUCAAA